UGGCCCCUUCCCGGCUGUGCUGGCCCCGGGGACCCACAGCCCUGCUUCCCUUUUGGGCUGUGGAGCGCUGCUGCUGGCCCCCCGGGCUCAGCAGGGUCCUGGGCUCCUGUUCAGCCCUGCUGUGCCUCCCUCUGCCUUCGGGGGAAGAAGCUGGGGCCGAGUUCAAGACUCUUGCCUGCUUAGGACCAGUUCUUACUGGGUUGGGCCCCCGCUCAGCUGUGGGAUGAACUGGAAGGAUGGCUGAGCUGUCCAAGGAGCUGGAUGUGCCCAGAGCUCCGCGGGGAGGGCGAGGGGGAACGUCCGCCCUGAACUUGCUGCACUGAGCAAGAGCUGGCAGCUUGCCCGCGGAGAGGUGGCCGUGGCCCGGAGCCUGGGUCUGCCCUGUCCCCAGCCUGGAGCUGCUCCCAAGGGGCUGGGGCUGCCGGCCGGGUGCGUGCCCCAGACCCCUCCCUCCGCUGACUUCUUGCCCCCAGCGAUGGCUGAUGAGCUCAGCGACCUGCUGCGGGAGUUCGAUGAGGUGAUGGAGGACUUUGACAGAGGCCCUGCGUGCCAAUACGAGCAGCACCUGGAGGAGCUGAAGAGGAAAGCGGGACACAGCGUGUACGACAGCGGCAUCGAUGAGCUGGAGAGUACCAGCGCCUCCCCGGGAAGCAGUCUCAACUCCAGCGAGGAGGACCUCAACACCCCUGCCAACGCUUACCCCUCCAAAGCUAAGCUCGGAGACACGCAGGAGCUGGAGGAGUUCAUCGCGGAUCUGGAUAAAGUGUUGGAGGGUACGCACGCAGCUCCCGUCCCUGUCCUUGCCGAGCCCCAGGCUGCAUCCAGCGUGGCGGGGUGCCCGGGCUGGGGCUUCUCUGCUGCCCCUGGCUCGGCAGAGCCUGGCCCGGCUCCCCUCCUGGCUGGGGCUCCCAGUGCGGGGGGCUUUGAGCCUGGUUUGGCUGCCGGGGUGGAAUCCUUGUCUCUUCUUUUGCGGGGGGUGGGGGGGACUGCAUCUGGAUGUCACCCCCUCCCAGUCCCCCUUCAAGCUUUUUCAGCUGGGGCAGAAAUUCCACUGCCUGAGUGACUUCCCUCUCUGGUGCUUCAGUUUCCCCCAGUUUUAGUGAAGCGGGGGGGGGCGGCACUACCAUGGUGGAGGGGACUGGGGAUGUGGAGCCUGGAUUGGUCCUGACAACCAAAACCUGCAAAAACAGUGGCCAAAGCAGUGCAACCUGCAGAGCUAUUG